UUAAUAUGGGGUCCGCUUAAUACAGGUUUCACGGUACCUGUACCUACUUUACAGUCUUCUAAAGGACUCAUUAUGUUUUGAGGGGAAGGGGGCUGGUGGUGGUUGAGCAGUUUUUCUGAGCAGUAAUUGUUUUUCAGUUAGGGUGGCAUCGUGCAAGAAACAGAGGAAAUAGUAGGAUAGGAGUCUUAUUGGCUCAUGGCUCGCGUACGACCACAGUGAACAAUAUAUUCCCUACCCCACUCCUCAACUAUUCGUCAUGUCACUCAUAGCAACCACGUGUCAUGUUCGACUGUGCUGAUAGUCCGGUAGGACAGUAAGCAUCUUCAAGCGCCGAAUGGUGAAAGCCAGUUGUACAGUUGUUGAAUUGUAGCCGAUUUCAGUUUUGGUUUUAGGCAUUUGGUUUGUCCUAAGCAUAACCUUGUGGCUUGAGAGAAGUAUCCAGCAUGAUGUUGGUUACAAUGAUGGUAAUCUUUGUCAUAAAAUCAUUCUUUGCUUUCCAAGCGGAGAGCAAGUUAGUCGGAGCCUUUGUUAUGCCACACGGAGGAAUCGCUUUGGACCCUCGCUAUUUCAACACAACCAACGCUACAGCCAAAGCCCAAGCCUGGUUAGUACACGCCGCCGCAGAACAAGUAGGAAGACAGAUUGAGGAUCUUAAUCCAGAUACAAUUGUCCUGAGUACUCCACAUGGGAUCGCGGCUCCUGAAGAUUUCAUUUUUUACUUUAGUCCUAAAGGAUCAGGCUUCGCUGAUACAGACAACUGUGCUUGUCCACCAUGUUGUUACAACUUGUCAGUUGCCAUGGAUACUAAUGGCACUAAGACGCUCUUUAGCACCCUUAAAGCUGAGAAGGAGAACGUUUCGUAUUUGAGCGCGUUUGGACCUCCUGGCAACGAGGAUACACCUUUCCCUUUACGCUGGGGCGAGAUCGUUCCGCUAUAUUUUACAAAGAAUAUUUUAAGCCGGAGUAAAGUCAUCGUUCUGUCCCAGCCAAGCCGCAGAUACACGGACAGCGUGGAGAUGAUUCCUGAACUGCGUCAUCUUGGGAAGAACUUGUUUCGGAUUCUCCACUCACAGUCCAAGAGGAUUGUGGUUAUCAUAAGUGCCGAUUUAGCGCACACUCACUUGAAGUCAGGGCCAUACGGCUUCUCUACAGCAGCGGGACCUUUUGAUAAAGCCUGCGGUGCGUGGGCGGCGAGUCAGGAUUCAGGCAAGCUGAUAGUUGAAGCAGCGUCGUAUGUUGACAAGGCUCUUUCUUGUGGAUUUACAGGGCUGGUUAUGCUGGACGGCAUGUUAAAAGCAAGCUCUGUUAAUUGGGAAUCUCGACUUCUCGUGAACUUCCAUCCUAGCUACUACGGAAUGAUGCUGGCAUCUUUUGUGCCUCGGCAAUAGCGCUUAUUUUUAAAGGGCAAUUUAAUAUUGAGACCAGAGCCCAAUUAUUGCAAUGAGUAUUUUUUUUUUUUUUAAUGGACGGGAAGUAUUCUCCUUUCCAGAUCCGCCUGUCCAGAAACAUGGACUUAGAUUUUAACUAAUUCAACGCUGUUUUCAUCGCUCGCAAUAUCCACCAGUUGAUCUAUAUUAAACUAAACUGGUCCUAAUAGAGCACUUACAAAUCUUACAGGCGUUUUAUUAACAGAUUAUCAGAGGGAAUUUAAAGCAGGGGUGGAAUUCUGACCGUAAGUGGAACUCAUAUGUUUCGCUACGAAGGACGAGACUGAAAAUUCUCCGGCCCUGUUAAAGGAGCUCAGUCACGGUGUUUUGUCUUCUUUUUGGUCACGUACAAAAUCUCUUAU